CAUACCUCCUCCAACGAGCGACAACGGUCUCUCCAAGGAUUGGCACACAAGACAACAUAAUGACAGUACGAAUGCUGACUGUUAGAAAUUCGCUUGCGUUCGUCUCUCUUGCACUCUUACUAUCAUCUUCGGUUGCGUGGUUACCUCGUCCUUCACUUGCGCUUUUGCCAACCGCGAGUAGCAGCCCCGUUCUGACAGGCCCUGCCUUUCCAGCCACCGUUGUUGUAGAAUCUCUACCCCAUUCAACGCCGGAUGAGAAUUCGUCUUUGGUAAUCGAAGAUAGUGUCGAAGCACCUUCGCCAGUCCCUCUGGAACAACGGACGUCCCUUGUACUCCAGUAUGGUCCAACCGCCGUUUCUGUGUGGACCGGAACACUGGCAACCUUCGUGUUGAACAAUGUAGGGAAUAUCGGCCCCAUUCCUGCCUCGAGUGCGGUCUCUCUCGCGGCCGCUUUGGGGCUACCCGAAAAAUUUGCUUUAGCGGUCAUGUGUGGGAGUUUCGCAGGCAUGGUACGGUUUGCCGUUGUACCCAGCAUAUUGGCUGGUGGCUUGCUGGGUGUGUGCUGUGCUGGAAUGCUGCGAUUGUUUGACAGCAAAGGAUGGCUGGUGGGUUGCGGAGGGAGACUCGGAUUCGUGGCUCAAGUGGCUUGCACAAUGCAGUUUGUGGCGAGGGGUUCAUGGGGGCUACUGGCAGCUUCUCCCGCCACUCCGUCUGUUGCCGCUCUCGUCAACCCAAGCCUAUACGCGCCCAGCAGGCUACUUAGCUCAUUUACACAACUUCCAUCUAUUGUUUUGUCUACCAUCGCUGGAGGGAUCUUUAUGCGUAGCUGGAAGCAAGUGUUGGGGCAGUCGUCGAAGCCUGUCGUAAAGCGAAUUGGAUCCUCCGUCGGUGCGGUAGGAGCGACUGGACUACUGGGUAGUGCGUUAAUUCCAGCCGCUGCUGGUCCCAUAUUUUGCGGUUCCUUUAUCGGUAUGUCAGCUCCGGGUAAGCUGCCAACACUGACGUCCUUGGUUGGGGCUUGUGCGAUGGCGGGUGCUUGUCAAGUUGCAAUGACCGGAGUCUUAUUGGGAGGAUGGGGCGGUAAGUUGGGCACAGCGGCGCUCUUGGGUGUUGUCCUGUACCGAGGGCUUACCCAUCUUAUUGGAGAACCCAGCACUGAAUUGACCCCGAAGCCGAUGGUAACACACGAGCCUGUGCCAGUAAUAUCUCCGGUACAAUAA